GUUUCGGACAGAGUUUGGCUGCCUGGUAGCGGUCAACGGAACCGCUGCACAAGGAGAAACAGUGGGCGUCGUAUCGUAAAGCACAACGGUACCAGUCCGAGAUUCUGUGCCCAGGUGAACAGCUGGAACAUCAAGAAGACAAGAAGAAAUGCAUUUUUUCAAUUAUUCCUAUCAAACAUGAUAUUUCGAAAUCGGACAUUAUUCAAUGUGUUGACUGUAUUGAUAUUAGCAGUGAGCCAUGCCGAGUGUGAGGAAAAGGAAGCGUACAAGGGGAAAUAUCUUGGCAAGAUUAAUUCCUAUCACCACCAGGUGUCAGGCGAUAUCUAUGCGCUGCUCACCAGUUUCAAUUACGAUGGGAAUGGAGCUGAUACAUUCUUCUGGUCUGGUGCUGCCAACCGUCCUGGACCGCAAGGCUUCAUAGUUCCUGAUGAAUAUGGCAAGACAAAUGUAUUGGACCGUUACUUUAACAAAGACUUCACUCUCACAUUGCCUGAUAAGAAGAAGAUCACAGAGAUCAAGUGGCUAGCUGUGUAUGACCUCGCCAGUCAGAACACAUUUGGAGAUGUCUACAUACCAGAAGAGUUUGAGCCACCCACAGCUCAGCAGAUCUCACGGCUUACCGGUCGUUCUCACAAUGUGGACUCUGAAAACAUUGAGAUAAUUGAUGCAAAGACAAUAAAGAUAUCACAGUUCACGUAUAAUGGCGAAGGGAAAGACACGUACUUCUGGGUCGGACUGGGACCCCAGCCAUCGUCUAAAGGCAUCAAAGUCCCAGAUGAAUAUGGAUACCUGGAUCCUCUGAGAACGUACAGCAAGGAAGACAUCAUACUGCAGCUUCCAGGAGAAUGGACCAUCUUUGAAAUUGACUGGUUCAGCAUAUUUGAUGUAGAGAGCAAAGAGAAUUACGGAUCUUUUAUCAUCCCAGACAGUUUGAACGUGCCACCAUCGCUUAUCAAAGUUGUGCCACACACAAGCACUCUACCGAACUGCUUCCAGCUACACAAAGACCUUCAAGUGAGUUGGGAGAUAUUUGGUCCUCAGAUCACCAUUCAACUUUCCGGCCAAGUUGAUGAAGAUGGGUACAUGGCCUUCGGGUUGAGCGCUGCCGAGAACAGGAGCGAAAUGAUUGGUUCUGACGUUGCAGUUGCAUACGUAGAUGGUAUCUUCGGUCACGCUACUGACUACAACAUUACAGCGAAAGCUCCUUGUGUCAAAGUGUUGGGUCAGUACAAAGGUGUCUGUAAGGACGAGUUGGUUGGAGGUAUCGAUAACAACCAGCUGCACUCCGCCGUGCGAGAAAAUGGCAUUAACAUCAUCACAUAUCGACGCACACUCAUAUCAUCUGAUCCUGGAGAUAAGGAAUAUCCUACAGAAAUGCCAUCUUAUGUGGUGUGGGCCAUCGGACGGUUGAACCACAAUAAAGAACCCAUGUUCCACGACAUUUACCCAAAAGGAAACGUGAAACUUGAACUGAAUAGGAAGGAGAAAGAAAGCAAUUGCUUUGCUUUCACCCAUACCCAGGAGAGUUACAGGGAACCCUGGGGCAAGAGUCAAAUUUUUGACCGAAAAAUCCGAACAUUCACAGCCACUUUAGGGCCAUCUGGAGGGAAAAGAGGAUACCAAGGCAUUACUGGAAUGACCUCCGCUGUGCUGGCCUGGUACAUCAAUGGUUACCUGAUCCCUGAGCUGUGGCUACGUAGAGGGUUGACAUAUGCCUUCAAAGUGUAUGGGGGCAAUAACCCCCAUAGUGCUGAGACCUAUCACCCCUUCAUAAUUACUGAUGAGCCUCAUGGAGGGUUCGACAGGCUCAGCGAAGAGGCCCAGAAAAAAGUAAGAGUCCUGGCAGGUGUAGAGUUCACAAGAAGGGGACAGCCACGUCCCACUGCGGUGGGACCUCUGUGCAUUGCACAGCACAAUGGAAGAGACAGAAGACUGGAUAAUGAUUUUCCAACAUUCAAGAAGUUCAAUCGCUCCCUGGUGUUCUCGUGUGAUGAAGGAGAGCCAGCCAUCUUGGAGGUGACACCCAACACGACAUGGCCGGAUGUCGUCUAUUAUAACAGUUUCACGCAUACCAAUAUGGGCUGGAAGAUUCACAUCGUGGACAGUUACACUAGCGCAUCUCUCUCAGUCAUUCAAAUGUCUGCGUCAACUGUGAUACUCAUGUGUACUGCUACAAUGUUUGCAGCAUUGCAGCACUUGUUUUUGAUACAAUAAAUAUCUUGUUCUGUCUA